AUGCAGAAGCUCAUCGUUUUCUUCACCACCAUCGCCGCCGCUCAGGCCUUCCUUCUUCCAUCCGGAGGAGGUGGAUGUGGAUGCGCUCCACCACCACCACCACCACCAUGCGGAUGCGGAGGAGGAGGUCUUCCACCACUCCAACUCCCAAGAUUUGAGCUCCCAAGACUCGCUCUUCCAUCCCUCGGAGGAGGAGGCUGCUGCCCACCACCAGCCCCAGCUUGCGGAGGAGGAUGCGGAGGAGCCGCCCCACCACCAGCCGGCGGAUAUGCUACCGCCCCAGCUGCCCCAGCCGGAGGAUACGCCACUGGACCAGUCGGAGGACCAAUUGGAGGGCCGAUCGGAGGACCAAUCGGAGGACCAAUCGGAGGAGGAUACCAAGCUGCCCCAGCUUUCGGAGGAGCCGCCGCCGGAGGAAACUACCAAGCUGCCCCAGCCCUCGGAGGAGCCGGACCAAUCGCCGGAGGAAACUACCAAGCCGGACCAGCCCCAGCCGCUCAAGGAGGAAACUACCAAGCUCAAGCUCCAGUCGAGUCUGCCCCAGUUGAGCAAGCCGCUCCAGCUCAAGGAGGAUACCAAGCUCAAGCCCCAGCUCAGGGAGGAGCCUACUCUGAGGGACACAAGAACUAG